UAUCAUUUGCCGUGAAGUGAUCUGACGGAGGGAGAGAGAGUAUCAGCGCAGACCAUCACCACGCAAACACACCACGCUAGUGAAUCUUUGCAUGUCAGGAGCGGAGGAUCCUGUCGCCGGUCAACGGCCGUUUCACAUCUCUUGUCGCUUUUAUUCAUAACGUUUAAAUCAGAGGCAUGUGGACUUGUAUUAGGAUUAGGAAUUUGCUCCGGAUGGCGUGCCUGCUGUUAACGAUAUGGACGAAGGUGUCCCAGUCCUCUGGCUAUUUUGAGCUGCAGCUGAUUGCUGUCGAAAAUUUAAACGGCGAAGUGUGGGACGGGGAAUGUUGCGACGGCACACGGAACUCUCAAGACAAGCGCUGCGUGCGGGACGACUGUGACACUUACUUUAAAGUAUGUCUGAAGGAGUACCAAUCCGAAGUCAGCACAACCGGGCAGUGCACCUUCGGUACUGGAUCUACUGGCGUUCUCGGUGGAAAUAUAUUUUCUUUUAGAAAUGCCAAGAACCCCAACAAAAUAAGCGACGCGGGCAAGAUCGUCAUCCCCUUUCAGUUCGCCUGGACGCGUUCAUACACACUCAUCUUGGAAGCCUGGGACUGGGACAACACCACCAAUCAGAACACAGGUGAGGAGAAUUUGAUUGAACGUGCCAUACAUGCCAGCAUGGUGAACCCUGGAGACCAGUGGCAGUCCAUCCAGCACCCUGGUAUCACGGCCCACAUCGAGUAUCGCAUCAGGGUCAAAUGUGACGAGAAUUACUACGGCAGUCAGUGCAACAAGCUUUGCCGGCCACGCGAUGAUUACUUCGGCCACUUCCGCUGCGAUCCAUCCGGGAAUAUUGUGUGUCUAGAAGGCUGGAUGGGAGAGCAAUGCAGGACGGCAAUCUGCAAGCAGGGCUGUAAUCUCAUUCACGGAGGCUGUAUGGAACCUGGAGAAUGCAAGUGCAACAUCGGAUGGCAGGGCCAGUUCUGCGACGAGUGUGUGCCACACCCCGGCUGCGUACACGGGACAUGCGUCAUUCCGUGGCAGUGCGCCUGCAAGAAAAACUGGGGCGGUCUUAUGUGCAAUAAAGAUCUGAACUACUGUGGCACGCACCACCCCUGUGUCAACGGAGGUACCUGCAUGAACUCCGAGCCGGGUGAAUAUAACUGUGCCUGUCCUGAAGGGUACUCCGGAAAGAACUGUGAAAAAGCUGAGCAUGCCUGUGUAUCCAACCCUUGUGCAAACGGAGGCACGUGUCAUGAAGUCUCCUCAGGAUUUGAGUGUCGGUGUCCACCGGGCUGGGAGGGUCCCACCUGUGCUAAAGACAUGGAUGAAUGCGCCUCCAGCCCGUGUGCACAAGGUGGAACUUGUAUCGAUUUAUCCAAUGGCUUCGAGUGCGUCUGUCCUCCUCAGUGGGUCGGGAAAACUUGUAAAAUCGAUGCAAAUGAAUGUGUGGGGAAGCCUUGUGUUAAAGCUCACUCUUGCAAAAACAUGAUUGGUGGAUAUCACUGUGACUGCUUUCAAGGAUGGGCCGGACAGAACUGUGACAUCAAUUUAAACGGCUGCCAUGGACAGUGCCAGAAUGGAGCCACAUGCAAGGAGCUGGUGCACGGAGGUUACCACUGUCAGUGUCCUCAUGGUUUUGUGGGCUUACACUGCGAGGUCUCGAGGAACAAAUGUGCCAGCGAGCCAUGCCAGAACGGCGGCCGUUGCCAUGUGAUUUUAGACAGCUUCGUGUGCGAAUGCCCUGCAAACUACGAAGGGAUGCUCUGUGAGUUGGAGACUCACCCAAGCCCCUGUGAGUCGAACCCGUGUCAGAAUAAAGCAUUAUGCUACGGCUUGCCCGGCGAUUUCUACUGCGCCUGUCCUGAAGAUUACGAGGGCAAGACCUGUGAAAACCGCAAGGACCACUGCAAGACCGCCCCUUGCCAAGUGAUUGACAGCUGUACGAUUGCCGUGGCGAGUAACAGCUCUGAUGGGGGUGUUCGACAGAUCAAUUCUAAUGUUUGUGGUCCUCAUGGCCGAUGUAUCAGCCAGCCCGGCGGCAACUUCACCUGCACGUGUGAGUCCGGCUUCACCGGAACCUACUGCCACGAGAAUAUCAAUGACUGUGCGAACAGCCCAUGUCAGAAUGGAGGUACCUGCAUCGACGGGAUCAGUUCUUUCCAGUGCUUCUGUCCAGACGGCUGGGAAGGAGAACUCUGCGAGCUCAAUGUGAACGAGUGCGGUCGGAGCCCCUGUAAGAACGGCGGCCACUGUGUGGACCUGGUAAAUGACUUUUACUGUGAAUGCGGCAACGGAUGGAAGGGCAAGACCUGCCAUUCGCGUGAAAGUCAAUGUGAUGCCAGCACGUGCAGUAAUGGAGGGACCUGUUAUGACCACGGAGACAGUUUCCGCUGCUCCUGCCCACCCGGAUGGGGUGGGAGCACAUGCAACACGGCAAAGAACAGCACAUGUGCUUCCAGUCCUUGCGUGAACGGAGGAACGUGUGUGGGUGGUGGCGACACGUUCACCUGCAUCUGUAAAGACGGCUGGGAAGGACCCACCUGCACUCAGAACACCAAUGACUGCAACCCUCACCCCUGCUACAACGGGGGAAUUUGCGUGGACGGGGUGAACUGGUUCCGCUGCGAGUGCGCCCCUGGAUUCGCCGGACCCGAUUGUCGAAUCAACAUCGACGAGUGCCAGUCAUCGCCCUGCGCGUACGGCGCCACCUGCGUGGACGAAAUCAACGCCUUUCGAUGCGAGUGUCCACCCGGCCGUACCGGACCUCGAUGCCAAACGUUCAUUGGCAUUAGGAGGACGUGUCACUAUGCUGGACUCCAGUUCCCGCACGGCAGUCGUUGGGAGGAAGAAUGCAACACAUGUCAGUGUGUCAACGGCAAAGUGGACUGCACAAAGGUGGUGUGUGGGCGACGGCCGUGCCUCUUGCCAGGGACGCCAGGGCGAGAGCUUCACUCCUGUCCGGGAGGUCGUGAAUGCCUGGAGCACAACUUCCUUACUUGUCUCUCUCCCCCCUGCAACCAAUGGGGGUUCUGUUCCAGCCCUGAAGCCCCCAAAACCAUUCAAACCAAAUGUGAGCCCAACACAGCGUAUCUGGACAAGAGCUGUGCUCGCAUCACCCUUAUAUUCAACCGGGACAAACUACCCACAGGAACAACAGUGGAAAAUGUCUGCUCAGAGCUGAGGCACAUGCCCUCCACGCGUAGCCUUGCAAAAGAUCACGCCAUGUUGGUCCUCUGCGACCUCUCCUACAAAAACCAGGACGCAGUGGAAGUCGCCAUCUCGUUUCAACAGGAUGAGCAGCCGGACCACAGUCAGAUCCAGGAGGCAGCCAGCGCUAUAGUCGGCACCCUGACCAGACGGCACAACAGCACCGUCAUGCUCGCCGUCAUCGAGGUCAAAGUGGAGAUGCCGGUCAUGGCCCAAACAGUGGACUACCUGGUGCCCGUCCUUUGUGUGAUCCUAUGCGUACUCUGGGUGUUCUGUGUCAUCGUCUGCGUGUGGUGGACCCGCAAACGGCGAAAAGAGCGCGAGAGGCGCGAGCACGGCCCGAUAGAGGAGAAUGUCAACAACCAAUGGGAACCACUUCGGCCGGUGACGCGGCCGCAGCACAAAGACAACCGGGACACGCAGUACGAGCGCGCCAAGCUCAUGGGUUCCCCGGAUCGGCCCUGCAACAGCGGGGAGGACGAGGAGGAGAGGGAGGAGGAAGAGCUGGAGCUCGUGGAGGAGUGGUGCAGAACCGAGGGGGGCAAGCGUCCCAUCCAAAAGUACUCUAAGGCUGCAGCGCGGACCAACAGCGAGCUGAUCUGCACCACGCGGAGCAGCGUGGACAGCUCGUCCCUCAAAGCCGACUACUGGACAGGCUUCAUCCCAAAGGACAAGAACUGUAAAAAUGUCAAUAACGCCGCCGGCGCCGGCCAAGAGCACAGAGAGCACUGCUUAUGAGCUCCGCCAGUAGACCGAGCAGAAUGUAGAGACCAAGGCCAUCUCAGAAACUAGACUUUUUCCCAUUUGUUAUUUUUAUUUGAGAUUUUGAGGCUGAAUGGUAAAGUGGCAAAUUUCCUUGGUGUUUUUUUAUGUAAAGAAGUUCUAUUUCUUUAUACGGAGGCCGAGGCGAGCCUCGUUUUGUUUUUGAAAGUCACUGCUGGAUUUAUGAGCAGCACUGAGAAACUCUGAGGAACUCCAGAGAGAAAACAUAUAAAGACUUUUCGUUGUUUACAAACAGUUCUGGUUUUGUUUUGUUGUGAGUGGCCCAUUUUUGUGGCAGAUCCCGUAUGGGGACACACCCAUCGGUGAACAAUGGCUUUGGGGGUCUCCGUUCUUGCGUCGCCCCAUUCAAAUGUCCAUCUUCUCCUACGCCUGCCUUACCGAGCUCGUCGUCCAUGAGGAGGGCUACAGUGCCUAUAUAGUGGCCUUGUUUUUCUUUCAUUUCUGUUGUCUGAAUGGUCUUUAAAAACAGUAUUUUGAGUCGGUCGCAAGUGCCUUCAGACAAGCCCCUCGGUUUCAGGGUCUCACCGGCGCGGUAGACCUCAUUAAUCACUACAAAAGUGGAGAGGCUGGUCUUGAGAGCAGCUCCCAUAUCACCAUCAAAGUAUUUGUUUAAACAAAGACAAAAAUUGUGUAAAUAUGUGUAUAUAAUAAAUCGCUGUGUAUAUUUGAA